AUGUGGUCGGAAUUUUUCGCCUCAAUUUCAGAGGUUCUUCAGCCCACGGCUUCUUUGGUGAAAAGCACUGUUCUUGCUUCCAAAGCAGAUGGUACUGUUCGCUUUAAAAGAUGCAAAUGUUGGACUUCCUCCAAUCAAGUCUGCCAUUUUCCACCUAAUCCGUUCCAGAUCGCAGUCUACUUGCAGUGUCUGCUUAAUGAAGCUUAUUCUCCUUCUCCAGUUCUUAACGCGGUCUACAGUAUUGACUGGGCGCUACAGUUGGCUGGCUUAUCAAAAAUCUCCAGUCAUCCCCUGGUUGCUUCAAUGGUCAGCGCGUCUCAAAGGAUUUUGGGCAGGCCAAAGGUCAAAAUGGACCUUAUAACUCCUGAGAUAUUGAAAGCGCUCGUGGAAUCAAAGAUAACCUGA